UCGGGCUGCUCCGCUGCUUCUCAGCCGACAACAGCGCGCGACAGGCGGAGAGCAAGUGGCUAUCCCCCGAGCUCCAGCGACAGUCCAGUCAUGGCAGCUCCGUUAGCCCAUUUCGACGAGGACUGGCAGGAGUUCAACGAAUUUAAACCCUCCACGGAGUCGCCCGCGCAGCUGGACCAGCUGAACUCCAAUGUAGCCGAGUGCUCGUCGGGCCUGGACGACUUGUCCGACCUGGACAACAGUUUCUCCGGGGAAAUCUGCAGCUUCAAGUCCAUGGAGGACCUUGUCCACGACUUUGACGAGAAGCUGACAGUUUGUUUCCGAAACUACAACACCACGACGGAAACCAUUGCGCCGAUCAAACCAAUCUCAGAAGAUAAUUAUCUGAAAGACGACGAAGUGUGGAAUGCUUUGACUGACAACUUCGGUAAUGUGAUGCCUGUCGACUGGAAGACAUCACAUAUCCGCUCCCUCCAUCUGCCCACCCUCAACCUGGUCAGCCACGAGAAGCUGGAUAACCAGUCUCUGGAUCUGUCUGACGAUGAGGAGCUGAGGGAGCAGAUGGACAUGCACUCCAUCAUCGUAUCCAGCAUAAGUGAUGAGCCACUCUUCACUGCUGAGCAGGUGAUAGAGGAGAUCGAGGAGAUGAUGCAGCAGUCCCCGGACCCUGAGGACGAUGAGAGCCCCUCCCAGUCGGACCUGUCCAUGCUCUCCCAGGACAUGACUGGCCUCAAACGCUCCGGCUCCAACACCAGCUAUGAGGACCGGUUACGUCAGCUGUCUGUGUCAGAGUUGAGUGAGACUCUGGAGGAGGUGGAGACAGCCAUUCGCAGCUACAGCGAGGAGCUGAUUCAGGCGCUGGCCCUGAGAGAUGAGCUGGACUAUGAGAAGGAGGUGAAGAACAGCUUCAUCUCGCUGCUCAUCGACGUGCAGAACCGACAGAAGGAGCACCGCGAGCUGCUGCGAAAGAAGAAGAAAAUCCGAAGCACUGUGACCACGGGAGCCAACGGCCAGAGGACGACCAGCACACACAUACCAGGAACGCUCCUCACUCUGGAGAAUCUCUCCAAUGUCAUUCAAAAUGGCCUCCGUCAAACUUUUGGCAACACAGGAGGGGACAAACAGUACCUCACCACAGUCAUCCCAUAUGAGAAGAAAAUGGGCUCCCCCUCUGUAGAAGACCUCCAGAUCCUCACAAAGAUCCUUCACGCCAUGCGGGACGACAGCGAGAAGGUCCCAGCCCUGCUCACUGACUACAUUCUCAAAGCUCUGGUAUGAGAGCAAUGGAAGCCCAGUUCUUUGUCCCACGUGAAGCCAAGUCAGCGCCAGCAGAGGAAGGUUCUGGCAACCAGGACGACCCAAACUACCCUCCAUGUUUUUAACAGAUUUUUCAACCCUUGUGGCUUUUUUUUUCUACUCUUGUAUUUGUAAAGUUCUUUUAACUGUACAGUAGCUGACUGCAUGAGAACGUAGAUGCUUUGAUCCAGUAUUAAUCCCAGAUCUCCUGAUCAGCUCCUGGAGGGAGUGAAGGAUUGAGUUUGGGAAUAUUAGCGUUUGGACGAGUGUGUACCGUCACUUUCUGGAGGAACGGAGCACUUCCUGUGGUCCUCACUUCCUGUCUUCGCAUGUAGCUGUUAGACUAGCGCACUGCUCGCCGAAUGUUCAGAUGAGAUAUUUUCUAUACAAUGAAGUGGAAUUGCACAGUUUUACUACGUAAGAAAGGGACUUGAGAAAGCAAAAGCUGCAUGAUCAAACAUGAAGAGAAUAUUUUUAUGAUUGAAAAGGUGUUUUGAGUGACUUUAAAGAUGCAACUGGUAACUUUGAAAACAAAUUCAGUUGUCUACAUCAAAGCUAAGUCUUUUAAAAACCUUUGCUGUAAUCGAACCUGAACUAUUUUUCAACAUAUAUUUUAGAUAUUUUUUCAACAUUGAAUACAUGCAUUUACACGAUGAUUUCUACAUGGAAAUAUUUCUUUCUUUCCCAAGACAUUUUAUCCUUCUUUUAGCUGCAUGAUGUUUGUUUUGUUUAAAGGGAUUUUAUUGUCUUUUUCUUGAUAUAGUAGUUUAAUUAAGUCAUCUUAUUGUAUUAUAAGUAUUUUUUCUCCUUUACAUGUUAUAGUCUAUUUUUCCCUCGCCUUUUUUGUUUUAUUUAAUUUUAUUUAGUUUUUAUUAAUCCCUCAUUCAUAUUCAAUAUGAAGCCAUGACUGUUAUGACUUAUUAUUAUCGUCUGUUCUUUUUUGUUUUUUUUCUCCGUUUUGUAUUUUAUUAGCAAUUUCUUAUAAAAUAAAAUAUUUAUUUUGUUAGGUCCUUAUUUUACAUUUGUAGCAUAAACGUCCAUAAAAUAAUUCAUGUUUUUACUCGUAAUUUCCCUAUUUAUUUCACUCAUUCUGUCACAUUUUUCUUAAUUAAUUAAACAUUUAAGAUUAUUUUUAACUUGAUUUCCAUUGAAAUAUAAAUCAUCUUUUUUUUCCUGAAUAUGAUCAUCAUGUGAUCUUUUAGUUUUGUCCUGAAGUGAAAUAAAAAAAAAUAAUUAAUGAUUUUAAAGUUACACAGUUGCAUCUUUAUUGGUCUCAAACUCCGCCCUCUGAGCCUGCGCCAGUGACCUCAUCCUCAGAAUUCACCUUCUAUAUCGAUAUUCAUGUUUCUAUUUGACAGUAAGCUGCAGGUCGACCCCUCGAUGUCCUCGUGAGAUUUGGUAACCAGUCGUAGCACUUUAGUCUCUGGUAGUGUUGGAUGUACUUUAGGGUUCUAGAUCAGGCGAGUCGACCUGCCGAGUCGCUGCUCCUCAUCGUUGCUUGUUUGUUCAUAGUCCGUCAAAGUGAAAACCCUUUAAACAAGCAGGUCAGGUGACCUUUGGAUCUUUCUAAAUCGGAAGGCAGAAUAGAUUUCUGUCGCUCUCAGGAUCGCUGUUUUGAGAAGCUUAUUUUUCAACGCUCCUCUAUGUGUGAAGGUUGGUAAAGGUCAAAACCAAAACACUUUUUAAAGCACGUUCUGCCUGCACUGAUCAUUCAAUUGUUUACACACUACUACCCUCAAGUGCACGGGGAAAUUGAAUAAGCAUUUUUAAACUAUUUUUCCAUCGACAAAGGAAUUUUCAGCUGAUAUUUUUAAAACAAAAGAUGUGAAUCUGACGCGACAAGAGAUUUAUAUUUCUAUAGGAACAAAAACGUGACGGACAAACACCCGGGAAGUUUUGUACAUUAAACUUAUUUUGAAUGCAAUAAGGCAAACCCUAGUCUGGGUGUCUGUUUACUGUCUCAUGUGGUACUGCAGUAUAUUAAUUUAUUAUGUAAAUGUUUCUUUUUUUGUAACCAUGUUAUUGACUGUAAUGGUACAAGUGUUUUUUUGUGCCCAAAUUGCUACUCAUUUCAAAUAAAUUAAU